UUCCCUGUGUCAGAUUUAUAACGAUCGUCGUCAGCUUUGUCCAUAUCCAGUGUGAAUUUGCUUUCGUUAUUUAAGUAGACUCGAGUUUUUUGUGAUACAGUUAAGAGUAAAAUUUUAAUAACCACCUGCGAAUUAAAUUUGUAAUUAUGGCUGAUGGAAAGAAUCCUGAUGAUUUGGCCACCGCAAUUCUCCGUAAGAAAGAUCGUCCAAACAGGCUUUUAGUUGAAGAAGCAGUCAACGAUGACAAUUCAGUCGUUGCUCUCUCACAGGCCAAGAUGGAUGAACUCCAGCUAUUCCGUGGCGAUACAGUAUUAUUGAAGGGGAAAAGACGGAAGGAAACUGUCUGUAUAGUACUUUCGGAUGACACUUGUAGCGAUGAGAAAAUCCGCAUGAAUAGAAACGUCAGAAAUAACCUCCGUGUGCGUUUGUUAGAUGUUGUGUCUAUCCAGCCGUGCCCAGAUGUAAAGUAUGGUAAAAGGAUCCAUGUGCUUCCUAUAGAUGAUACAGUAGAAGGUCUCACAGGAAACCUCUUCGAAGUGUACUUAAAACCAUACUUCUUGGAAGCUUACCGGCCCAUCCAUAAAGAUGACGUAUUUGUUGUCCGUGGUGGCAUGAGAGCAGUUGAAUUUAAGGUUGUUGAGACAGAUCCAGCACCAUACUGUAUCGUUGCCCCCGACACAGUCAUCCAUUGCGACGGUGAUCCGAUAAAACGUGAAGAAGAGGAGGAAGCAUUAAAUGCUGUUGGUUACGACGACAUCGGCGGUUGCAGAAAGCAACUGGCACAGAUUAAGGAGAUGGUUGAAUUGCCGUUGCGGCAUCCAUCACUUUUCAAAGCGAUUGGUGUCAAACCACCACGCGGUAUAUUGUUGUAUGGUCCGCCGGGUACCGGUAAAACUCUCAUAGCGAGAGCCGUUGCCAACGAAACAGGAGCGUUCUUCUUCUUGAUUAACGGUCCUGAGAUCAUGAGUAAGUUAGCUGGAGAAUCGGAGAGUAACUUACGUAAGGCUUUCGAGGAAGCCGACAAAAAUUCACCGGCCAUCAUCUUCAUCGAUGAGUUGGAUGCCAUUGCGCCUAAGAGGGAGAAAACUCAUGGUGAAGUGGAGAGACGUAUUGUGUCUCAACUUCUUACCCUGAUGGAUGGCAUGAAGAAGAGCUCUCACGUCAUAGUCAUGGCCGCUACUAACAGACCUAACUCCAUCGAUCCUGCUCUUCGUCGUUUUGGUCGUUUCGACAGGGAAAUUGACAUUGGUAUUCCUGAUGCUACUGGUCGUUUGGAGGUCUUACGUAUUCACACCAAAAACAUGAAGCUUGCUGACGACGUCGACUUGGAACAGAUUGCUGCCGAAACUCAUGGUCAUGUUGGUGCCGAUUUGGCCUCUCUAUGUUCCGAAGCGGCUCUGCAGCAGAUCCGUGAGAAAAUGGACCUCAUCGACUUGGAAGACGACCAGAUUGACGCCGAAGUUCUGAACUCCCUCGCAGUUACCAUGGAGAAUUUCCGCUACGCCAUGACAAAGAGCAGUCCAAGCGCUCUCAGAGAAACUGUGGUCGAGGUACCGAACAUCAGUUGGGACGACAUCGGCGGCUUACAGAAUGUCAAGAAGGAACUGCAAGAAUUGGUGCAGUACCCAGUGGAACAUCCCGACAAGUUUCUUAAGUUUGGUAUGCAGCCGUCCCGUGGUGUGCUAUUCUACGGCCCGCCUGGUUGCGGUAAGACGCUUCUAGCGAAAGCCAUCGCCAAUGAAUGCCAGGCCAACUUCAUAUCAGUCAAGGGUCCCGAGCUGCUUACCAUGUGGUUUGGUGAAUCGGAAGCUAAUGUCAGGGAUAUAUUCGAUAAGGCCAGAUCAGCCGCUCCGUGCGUGCUGUUCUUCGAUGAAUUAGAUUCCAUCGCAAAGUCUAGAGGAGGCAACGUAGGGGACGCCGGUGGGGCGGCGGACAGAGUUAUCAACCAAAUUUUAACGGAGAUGGACGGCAUGGGCGCCAAGAAAAAUGUAUUCAUCAUCGGCGCCACGAACAGACCGGAUAUUAUCGAUCCUGCCAUCCUGAGACCCGGCAGGUUGGAUCAGCUGAUAUACAUCCCUCUGCCGGACGAAAAGUCCAGAGAGGCCAUCUUCAGGGCGAACCUGAGAAAGUCCCCAGUAGCGAAGGAUGUAGAUCUGACGUACAUAGCCAAAGUGACACACGGUUUCUCGGGCGCUGAUCUCACGGAAAUCUGCCAGCGCGCCUGCAAACUGGCCAUCAGGCAGAGCAUAGAGAGCGAGAUCAGACGCGAGAGGGAGAGGGCUACGAAUCCGAACGUUGCCAUGGACUUGGAUGAGGACGAUCCGGUCCCAGAAAUAACAAGGGCUCACUUCGAAGAGGCGAUGCGUUACGCCAGGAGAUCCGUCUCAGAUAAUGACAUCCGCAAGUACGAGAUGUUCGCGCAAACACUUCAGCAGAGCCGUGGGUUCGGAACGAACUUCCGUUUCCCAACGGCCGCCGGUGGCCCGGCCGCCACGGGAGGUACAGCGGGAGAUCAGGCGAACUUCCAGGACGAUCCAGAAGAUGACUUGUACAGCUAGAUCGUCGGGUCCCAGUAAGCACCAAUUUUAUUUUUUGUAUUUAUUUACAAUUUAUUACAAGAAUUCAGUUAGAUAACAGUUUAUUGAAAAUUUAAAUUCGUAUGUUGAUGAUAGUUUUGGAAUAUAAUAAAAGUUUGUCGAAACGGCA